GCACGUUUCACACUCACGUACGCACGUGUGCAAUGCUUUGUGUGCUUGUGUUCACGCAUGUUUUGUUGUGUGGUUCGUGUUCAUGUCUGCGCGUUUCGCACUCUCCUAUGCAUGUUUGCAUGUGCACGUGAGUCUGACCGCACCCUGCUUGCAUCCACGUACGCAUGCGCGCCUACGGGCGUGCAUGGGACCCUCCCCAUCCAUAGCCUAGAAGACGUUUGCUUCCGCCUUAUUCCGGGCUCUAAGCAGGAUCCGAGAGCUCUUGAGCAGAACCUGAGGGCGCCUGGGGGAGGCCCCAUAGCUGGGGGGGGAGGGGUCACCAAGGGCCCCGUCCUGCCUCGGCUUCUCCAUCUGUCAAAGGGACCCGUGAGGGCCCAUCCCCCUCACGUCAAACGGGGAAACGGAGGCCCCGAAACGGGGAGCGACCCCCCCCCCCAGCGCUCCCACACCGGGUUAAAGGCAAAGAAACUGAGGCAGCCUCCGAGGGCUCUGACAGGGGCACGCAGACUUCGGAGCAGGAGGAGGAAACGCUACUUCUAGGAUCUGCGCAAGCGCCUUAAGACUUCUAGUCACGGGGGAUCCUUCGAAAGCCGGGGCAUAAGGAGGCGGGGAGCGGCGGCGUGGGCGGAGUCUUCUCCGGUGGCUCCGCCCCUGCCCGGCCCACGCCUGCGCAGUUGCCCCUCAGGCGAACGGGGCGAGUCUGCAGUUUCCUUAUUUUCCUGCUUGUUUCCCAGUCUGUCAAAUGAAGAGAUUGGACCGGAUGAAACCCCUCCCCCCUGCUUCCCACCCUGAGCCCUCCCGACUCACAGAAGUAGCCCCCUAAGCUGUCUACACCUGCCGCUAGCUUAGAAGGUGUCUACACCUGCUGGCCCUGAGGGCAUCUACACUGGCCUCUCUGCUUUGCCUGAAGGGCAGGACACAAUGAGGCACGAAGAGGAGGACCCCACGGGCACAGCGCCCCCCCAUGGCGAGCCACAGAAAGUGGGGGAGGCCGAAGAAGAGAAUGACGAGGACCCCGUGGAGGGGGACGCGGCCCCCCAAGAGUUCGUGGCCAUCGCCGACUACGUGGCCACGGACGGGACGCAGCUCAGCUUCCGCCGGGGCGAGAAGCUGCUCGUGCUGAGGAGGGUGACGGGCGCGUGGUGGUGGGGCGAGCGGGGGGGCCGGCGCGGCUACAUCCCCGCCGGCUACGUGGAGGAGGGCGCGGGGGACGCGGAGCCCGAGGACACCUGGCAGGACGAGGAGUACUUCGGCAGCUAUGGAGCCCUGAAGCUGCACUUGGAGAUGCUGUCGGACCAGCCGAGGAUGGCCGCGUACCACCAGGUGAUCCUGCGGCACCGCGACUUCCUGGAAGACAAAGUGAUUCUGGACGUGGGCUGCGGCACGGGCAUCCUGAGCCUCUUCUGCGCCCACGAGGCGCGGCCCCGGGCGGUCUACGCCGUGGAGGCCAGCGAGAUGGCGCGGCACACCGAGCGGCUGGUGUCGAGCAACGGCUUCGCCGACAAGAUCACCGUCUUCCAGCAGAAGGUGGAGGACGUGGCGCUGCCGGGCAAGGUGGACGUGCUGGUCUCGGAGUGGAUGGGCACCUGUCUGCUGUUUGAGUUCAUGAUCGAGUCGGUGAUUUUCGCGCGGGACAAGUGGCUGUCCCCCGACGGCGUCAUUUGGCCGACCACGGCCGCCAUCCACGUCGCCCCCUGCAGUGCGGAGGAGGACUACGGCCACAAAGUCCUCUUCUGGGACAAGGCCUACGAAUUGGACCUGAGCUCGCUGAGAUCCUUGGCCAUCCGGGAGUUUCUCGCCAAGCCCAAGUACAACCACGUCCUGGAGCCCGAAGAGUGUCUUUCGGAGCCGCGCCCCGUCUUCCAGCUGGACAUGAGGACCGUGCAGAUCUCCGACCUCGAGAGGAUGAAGGGCGAGCUGUGCUUCUGUAUCCAGCGGUCCGGGACCCUGCACGGCUUCUCCGCCUGGUUCAGCGUGGAGUUCUGGAGCCCGGGGGAGGGCGGGCCGCAGCUGGUGCUGAGCACGGGCCCCUGGGACCCCACCACGCACUGGAAGCAGACCUUGUUCAUGCUGGACGAGCCUCUGGCCGUCCGGGCCGGGGACGUGCUCGCCGGCUCCAUGCUGCUGCAGAGGAACCCGGUGUGGAGGAGGCACCUGUCCGUCACCCUGAGCUGGACCGUCACCUCCCCACAGGACCCCAGCUCUCCAAAGGUUGGAGAGAAAACCUUCCCGAUCUGGAGAUGACCGUCUGCGGGGGCCGGGCUGGCAGGUGGGGCGACGAUGGGGGGCCCUCUUUCCUCUCCCCCUCAGCCCCAACAACAGAAUGGGACAUGGAACGCCCAU